AUGCCAUGGCGCUUCAUGGGCGGCACAGACUUGGCAUGGCGGCCUCAAACAAUCAGAGGGCUCAAAGACGAUGUAGAGCAUGUAGAUCGCGGCACACCUCGCACGCUCAAGACGCCCAGGCACAUUGCUCUUCCUUUGACCACCAUGGACACUGUCAUAGAUCAAUACGCUGUUGUCACCAGGUCUCGGGCAGAAAAUAUAGUGACGACUUAUACCGUGACUUGGACGAACUUAGGACCACUGACCAGCACGUUCACGCCGGGAACUGGUUGCGCCACUCCUUUGCCGACCAAUCUCGUGGCUCAGAUCGCUACUGAUCAGGGAUUCGACUAUAAUCGUAUAGAGGCCAGCGACACUCCAAGGAGCAUUUGUUACCCUUCUCACGAGGCAACAAAGGUCGCUACUCAGCUUCCGGCGAACAAUGUGCCAGCUGAACAUGGAUACUUUUACUCGCCUAGUCAUGCUUGUCCAUCAGGUUGGCAUCUACCUCCUCUCAGGCGCUCCGAGUGUUGUAGAUUCUUCCACGUGAUUCUGUAUCCUUAG